AUGAUUGAGGCAGGUCGGCUGAUGGAGUAUGGGACCUACGCUAAGCUGACCCUGUCCCGUACCAGUCGUCUGAAUGUCUUCCUGAUAAGUCGGCAGGCCGAAGAGGUCGAGGAGGCGGAGAAAAGCCUAAGCAGGAACACUUCCAAUGUGCACCACCAUCCGCCACCGCAACUGUCAAGAAGCGCAAGCAAGACCUCAGCUGAUUGGCCCUCCUAUUCACGGUCGAGGUGUAGUUCGGAGAGAACGCCGGGUUGUCUACCAGCUGAUCUUGCUGAAAGUGAGUUUCCUGCGCUCUUUUAUAAGGCCGUUUAUCUGGUUUGA